CUAGCUAAUUGUGUGUUAUUUUUUACAUUACUAGAUAGUUAGAAAAUACUAACUAAGCUUAGCACCACGUUAAAAAUAGCGCAAACAAACCAACAGAAAACAUGCUUCGUGUGGUGACUGUUUUAGUGUUGGUGUUCUCAAUAACUACUGCUCAAAAGUUGAAAAUCUGCAAGCAAUGUGAGACAGAUUUAAAGCCUGUAUGUGGUAAGGAUGGAAACACAUACACAUCAUAUUGUAGGUUGAGGCAAAAGGAGUGCAUAGAGGACAAGAUAAUUGGUUUUGCAUGUGAUGGAAAAUGUCCAUGUGAUUCUGCUGAAAUUUACAAUAUAGACAGAAAAACUGUUAUCGAGCUCAACAACUUGAGAAGAAACCAUCAACUUGAAGAGCAUAAGAAGCACGAUACAAAUAAUGAAGAAUACAUCAAAUUAGAUGUUUUGGAGGAUAAAGAUGUUACAGAUAAAGACAUUCUCGAUGAAAUUGAAGAGAAGAUGUUCAGAAAACAAGAAAUCCAUUUAAAUUCUGAUACAUAUUACAAGAGAGGGUCAGGUAACUGUCCCACUGAAGAAAUGUCUGAACUUCCGUCACGUCUCAUCGAUUGGUUUCAUGUGCUUAAAACGACUGAAAAAGAAGAAGAGAUGAAGUUGGAGGGUAUUGAGAAAGAACCCGUUUUAAAGGAGAUGUCAUUUCUCGAUGCAAAAUUGAAAUCAAUGUAUUCUGUGUUGGCUUGCAAGGCGCAAGAUGAUAAAGAUUUGGAAAAACAAGUUUGUUUGACACCUGUUAAGUGGAUGUUUCAUCAUUUGGACACGAACAAGGAUGAUGCGCUGAGUGCUGUUGAGUUGUACGAGAUUGAGCAAAUUAACAACGAGCAUUGCAUCAAACCCUUCCUUCGUGAUUGCGACACAAAUCAAGAUGGAAAGGUGGUGUUGAAAGAAUUCUGUCAAUGUUUAUGCUUGACUCCACCAUGUACGAAAAUCAUGCAAGCAGUACCAACAAUUUUGUUGAGAGGAGAACCUAAACCAAUGCCUGGUCUGUUUACGCCGAAAUGCGACGAAGAUGGGUUUUUUAUGCCGAAACAGUGCAACAAAAAACGAGGCGAUUGUUGGUGUGUCGAUAGAAAUGGAGCUGAGAUCGAUGGAACACGUUCAACUGAAGAGAUUGAUUGUGAUGUGAACACAAAAAGUCUUAAAAAAGGGACAAAGACAAUCCCGUUGGACCCAUAUAAAGAAAAUGCUUCUAAUAAGAUCUUGGAGUGAGUUACCAUGGCAACAGUAUAUAUAUUUAACAGAGUGGAUAUUUACCUUAGUGACGUCAUCUCAAUAUGUGGAUUCGUGUAUUAUUGAAAUAACUUUGCAGGUUUAUAUUCAGUGGUGCUGUAAUCUCUUGCAAAAAUUCGAUAUGAAUUUUAUAUCACAUAUUUUUUACGCAAAAUUUUUUGUAACAUUUUUGUAAUGAUGAUAUAUUUUUGUUCUAAAAUAUAUGCUUUUUUAAUA